GGGGUUUCCAGGAGUUCAAAACGAAAGUAGAUAGGGAAGGUAUGGCAGAAAAAGACUUGGAACAUCAGGUGACAGAAGCACUAAAAAAUCUUGAGGUAAAUGAUGCAGAAACAGAAAAAUGCCUGAACUCACCAGAAAUUGUCCAAACCAAGCCUGAGAAUGAGUCAAGUGAUUUAGUGGAAACAGAAAAGCCAGCUGAGUCUGCAGUGGAACAAGAACCUAGUAUAGAGGCAAGCACAUCAGAAAACUGUCAUAGUGAUAACGAUAAUCAGGAAACUGUAGAAUUAGUGUGUACAGGAAACACUGAAUAUCAGCAGGAAAGUGAGGAGCAGGGAGAAGAAACAUCAGAGCCGACAGAGAAAGAGGAAUCUAAUGACGACCAUUCAGACGAAACAAAAGCCAUGGGUGAAAAACAUUCCAAAAAUCACACAGACAAAGAGGAAAAUUAUGAUUAUCAGGGAGAAUACAAAAAUAGAGGAAAAGGCCCCUCAGGGGAAAACCCAGACCAUGGAAAUAGACAUAGAGGUAAUGACAAUCAAGGGUGCCGACCAAAAAAGAAACCAGGGAUUCAAAGACUGUACGGUGGAAGUGGUGAUGAAAGACCAACCAAGGAAAGGAAGAAUGAGAGAUGGGAGAAAAAUAAUAGGAAUGAGGAUAGCAGAGGGGAGGAAAAUGAUCGGAAAGGAAACAAAGGAAAAUCUAAGGAGAAAAAUAGGAAUGAGAGAUGGGGGGAAAAUAGAUGGAAUGAGGAUAAUGGAGGAGAGGAAAAUGAUUGGAAAGGAAACAAGGGGCAAUCGAAGGAGAAGAAUAAGAAUGGGAGAGCUUGGAAUAAGAACUCUGAAUUACCUGAUGAGAGAGAACAAUAUGAGUACUUCUGGAGGAGUCACUCUGUCUAUAGUCAGUGGUAUAUGACAGAGUUUGAGGUUGAUGGGUUAAAGUAUAAUUGUGCCGAACAAUAUAUGAUGCAUCAGAAAGCAGAACUGAUGAAGGAUAAAGAUAGUGCAGAAAUUAUUAUGGCAUUAGAUCAACCACGUGAAAUGAAAGAACAAGGAAGAUACGUGAAGAACUUUAAUCAAGAGUUGUGGGACAAAAAUUGUAGAAAUAUUGUUGAAAAAGGAAAUAUGGCAAAGUUUUCCCAGGAUAAAGAAUUAAAAGACAUUUUAUUUUCAACAUAUCCAAGAACAUUGGUUGAAGCAAGUCCUAUGGACAAAAUCUGGGGCAUAGGGUUAGCAAAGGAGGAUAGAAGAGCUUGGAAUAAACAGACAUGGAAGGGACAGAAUCUAUUAGGCGAGAUCCUGACAAAAGUUAGAGACACUCUGAUGACUCAGGAAGGGAUUUUGGACCCAGUGGACCCAAAUACACUAAUGGAGGUUUCUGUAAAUAAAAGUGACCCAAAUGCAGCAAAGGAGGCUUCUGUAAAUAAAAAUGAAGAGACUUCUGUGAUGAAAGAAGAUUCAGAGGCUGAAAAAUAAUAAUAAAAGUCCUUUUUUAAUGGACCAUUAAUUAUUUUGAUAGAAAUAUUGAUUAGUGAUACCGGGGUAUAUACUUUUUUCGACAAUAUCUUGCUGUCAUUUUGCUUACUGUU